AUGAGUUCCAACCCUUGUGAUCUCUCGUUUCCAAUGCUCCCCACACUCCCACCGUUUUCCCCCGUCGCGCCAUUCCGCCCUCCCCGUUUCCCCCGGAGGCGCGCGGAUUGCCAAGCAGGCAGCGGAAACGGGGGCAUGGAGUGGAGGGGAGGAGGCGGAAAGGCGGACAAGCAGGCCGGCAGAAGGGGGAGCGGGGAAAUGGCGGAACAAGAUGUGGAAGAAGGCGGAACAGGAUGGGCGGUAGUAGGGCGACGCAGGGACGGCGCAAGGAGGCUACGAAAGCUAACUGAUCGUGACGGAAAGGGUGAGGCAGAGAGAAUGGGGUGUCGAGUAGCAGUAGAGGUAAGUGGUGGAGUGGAGGAGUGGGAGCAGUGGGAGAAGGAGAGGGCAGAGGGAAUGGUGGCGGGACGGAGGCAAGCAGGAGCCGGUCUAGAUGCCGCUCUAGAAGCCGGCUGCAACGCAGAACGGAAGCUCGCGAAGGCUGUUCGCGACAGCGAGAGACGAGUGUUCGCCAAGGUCAACGCGGUGAACAGCGUUCAGAAGAAGCAUCCCAGGCUGCUCUCACAGCUUGUGUUCGUCAACGGUCGCCCGCACUUCCAGACGACCUCCAGUGGCGCUGUGGAGGUCGACGUAAUUGAGAAUAUCCCCGAGUCGAUCGCUGCGUCUAUUGACGGCAACGGGGAAGGUUCUGAGGAGUUUUUGGACGAUUCCUUCGAGAUCGGAAGGAGGUGUUCGAUCGAUGUUGGUGGUGGCAAAACUGCUGCUGAAGAAGAGGGCUUGGAACGCAGCGAGUUGGGGCGAAGUGGUUUCAAGAUGAGUCUGUGUCAGGACCACUGGCUGAGAAUCGUUGAAUCCGCCAUGAACGAGCCGUGGAAUUGUUGUGAGUCGUCUGUGGGAGAGGAAUCUGCGAGCCUCCUGUGCUUCAGGAUGUACAGGCUUCACGAGGGCCGUUCCUUGAUUCUUUUCCGUGCACACACAUCUGUGUGCGACCGCAAGUCUGCUGGCAUCAUCGUGGAGGAUCUCCUUUCCUUCCUUGAUGAUGAAGUCAAUGGCAGUGGAAGCCGCUCUGGUCUUGGCAGCGCAAAUGAUUGCUCCGGAGAUGAGCCCAGUUCCCAGGACAAGGAUCAAUCUGCGAAGAUCCAGAAGGAAGAGCUGCCAGUGUCAAGUCUGAAGGAUGUGGAGAGCUGCAUCCCUCCAGAACUGUCGAGGAAGCCAUUCUGGGCUCAUGGGCUGGAUGUUGUUGGAUACGGGCUUAACUCUCGGCGUUAUUCAUGGCUUCCGUUUCAUGAUUCCUCAUCGGAGCGUCAGUCUGCUCUCAUCCGAUCUGGUCUCAGCAGAUCUGACACUGAAAGGCUCAAGCAGGCAUGUGAGAAGCAGAACAUUACCCUAUUUGGAGCAGUUGCAUGUGCAGCACUGAAAGCUGUGGCCAGUGUAAAGGAGCUGGGUCGCAAGGGAGAACACUUUGCUGUCACCACGUUUUUGGACUGCCGUCCCUUGCUAUCCCAUGAGAUCACCUUGGACACUGUUGGGUUCUACCAUUCGGCCAUGAUGCACACACAUCAAGUGAGCGAAACUUCAGAAUUCUGGGACCUUGCAAAGCGGUGCCAUGAGUCGACCCUGCAUGCCAUCAAGAAUAGGAAGCACUACACUGACAUGGGUGACCUCAACAUGCUCAUGGCCCAGGCUAUCUUGCAUCCCCAGCUCACCCCAGAAAGCUCUCUUCGAACGUCCACUGUGUGCUCCUUCUGGGAUGCCCUGCACGAAAGGAUGCAGGCGGAGGCGCAGAAGGAGACAACCACCGCCCAAGCCACUAAUGCGGAAGCCACGACCACCCCCAUGGACGCGUCGGCCGCUGCCAACGACACUGAUUCCCCCGCCGCCGCCGCCGCCGCCGCCGCUACAGGAGAGGAUAAACCCGCGGCGAAAGAUGCUGCCGCCGUAGAUGAUAAGCCAGCCGCAGAUGCUGCGCCUGCUGCGGCUGUGGCGGGUGCUGGUGCGGAGAGCAAGGCGGGAGAGGGCGGGGCGGACAAGGGCGAAGCGGGCGAGGGAGAGAAGAAGACCGCGGCUUUCAGCGCCGCCACCCGCGCAGAGAUCCUCCGCCAGGUGGAAUAUUAUCUGAGCGACAGCAACCUGCCGCGCGACCGCUUCAUGCAGGAGAAGCUGCAGGAAGGCAACGGAUUCGUGCCGCUGGCGCUGCUGUGCACGUUCUCCCGCAUGCGCAAGCACCUGGGCGUGCUCCCCGACGCGCCCGUGCCCGCGCACCUCGUGCGCGCCACCUACGAGGUGCUCCAGGCGUCCACCUUCCUCAAGUUCUCCGACGAUGGCAAGCUGGUGGGGCGCGAGGGGGAGGUGGCGAUGGGGAAGGAGCGCAUAGCGGAGAUCAACGCGCGGUCGCUGUUCGCGGAGCCCUUUCAGUGGAACUCCACGCUCGACGACAUCCACGCCUUCUUCUCCUCGCUCGGACCCGUGAAGAGUGUGUGCAUGAGGCGCCACCCAGCGUCCAAGGCGUUCAAGGGGUCCGUGUAUGUGGAGUUUGACAGUGAAGACGCCAUGCGCCUCGUCGCCGCCAAGAAGGACGUUCUCUUCAACGGCGCCACCUUGCUGCUGCAGCCCAAGAACGAGUGGUUGCAGCAGGCGAGGGAGGAGUGGCAGAAGCGAGUGGCCGAGAAGGGAGAGGAAGCCGGGCGGUUCGAGGCAGAGGAUGGCGAUAUGGACCUUCGUCCCCCUGCCAAGGCGAGGCGCGUGGAGGAGGGCGGAGAGAGAGGCGCGGACGGGGAGGGCGCGCAGGGCGGAGAGGGCGCGGAGGCGGAGGGGGAGGAGGAUGAGGAGGAGGAGGAUGCUUACCCCAAGGGGUUGAUUUUGGGUUAUACUAUUGUGGUGCCUGGUGGUGGUGAUGGGGGUGGUGCUGGGGAGAAGGGGGAAGAGGGGAAAGAUGAGGUUGGUAAUGGGGAGGUGAAGGGAGAUGAGGCUAAGAAGGAAGGGGAGGAGAAGGGGGAGGAGGGGAAGAAGGAAGAAGGGGAGAAGAAAGGAGAGGAGAAGGCGGAGGAGGGGAAGGCAGCGGAUGAUAAAGUGAUGGUUGAUGCAGCUGAGGUGGAGAAGAAAACGGAAGAGGAAGGGAAGAAAGCAGAGGAGAAGGUGGAAGAGGCAAAGGAGGGGAAAGCGGAUGAGACCAAAGAAGAGGACGAGAAAAAGGAUGGUGAAAAGGCGGAAGAAAAGGCAGGAGAGAAGGCGGAGGAUAAGGCAGAGGAGCAGAAGAAGGGUGCAGAGGGCGAGGCACUGGGCAAGAGGAAGCGCGAAGAGAAGGUUGUGGCAGAAGGGGUGACCCGAGAGGAGUGCCGCUUCGUGUUUGAAAAGUUUGGCAUUGUCAAGUUCGUGGAGUACAAGGCGGGCGACCUGACUGGCUUCAUUCGCUUUGAGACACCUGAGGGGCCCAUCAAGGCCAACAACAAGGCCAAGUCUGCGCCUGCUGCACUCACCAUCAAGGGCUAUCCUGUCACUGUCAACAUUCUCGAUGGGGAGGAGGAGGCAGCAUACUGGAGCAAGCUGAGGGACGGGCAGAAGAAGCGCAAGGACUUCGGGGGCGGCAGAUUCGGUGGUGGUGGCUUCCGUCCCCGCUUCUCGUGUGACUCUUUGCUUUUCCUUCUCUUGCGCACAUCUUCUACACCUGCAGAGGUGGUGGCCGCGGGUGGAGGGGAGGCAGGGGAGGGAGAGGAGGGCGGGGGAGAGGCGGAGGUCGGUGGGGGAGGAGAGACGGGCAUGGAGGAGGAGGUAGGGGAGGUGGCGGAGGGGGAAGGGGAGGAGGAGGGAGGGGGGGGAGCCAUCAGAGGUUUGAUGAAUGAGAGAAUAUACGUGGCUGAAUGCUGGUGGUGUUGGGGGGAUGGCUGCAUGGUGGACAAAGGCACAAGAGGUGGCAGGCAGUGUACUGCUCUUGAUUACCGUAGCUUUUGA